UUUUUUUUUUUAUAUAUAUACAAAUAUAUAUCUUAACCUCCCCCUUUACAAUGGAGCCUAUUCUUUUACAAGCUCGUAAAACAUGUCCUUUCUUACAUGGCAAUACUACCUCAGCUUUAAAACGUUUAGCUAAGACUAAGACAAAUGGUUUAUUAGUAAAGGCUAAUCAAUGUCCCGUUAUGGGUGCAGCUAUUCAAACUAGAAGUAUGCAUCAUUCUGUAUCUGCCAAAGACCAACAAAAGCAAAUACAUGAUACUAAACUUUUUGAUUACGAAAAUUUUUACAAGCAAAUGUUGGAUAAAAAACGAAAUGAUAAAAGCUAUCGUUAUUUUAAUAAUAUUAAUCGUCUUGCCAAAAAGUUUCCUAUGGCUCACCUUGCUCGUCCUGUCGAUGAAGUUACUGUAUGGUGUGCAAAUGACUAUUUAGGUAUGGGUGCAAGUCCUCUUUUAAUAGAAGAAAUGAAAAAAACUUUAGAUCGCUAUGGUGCUGGUGCUGGUGGUACUCGUAAUAUUGCUGGUAAUGCUGAUUUACAUCUACAGCUAGAAACUGAAUUAGCUGACUUACAUCAUACUGAGGGAGCUCUUGUUUUCUCCUCAUGUAUGGUAGCUAAUGAUGCCACUCUUUCUACUUUGGGUUCUAAGCUUCCUAACUGUGUAUUCUUUUCAGAUGAAUUAAAUCAUGCUUCUAUGAUUCAAGGUAUCCGUAAUUCACGAGCUGAAAAGCAUAUCUUCCGACAUAAUGAUGUUGAACAUCUUGAACAGUUACUUCAAUCUGUUGAUUACAAUAGACCUAAGAUUAUUGCCUUUGAAUCUGUCUAUUCUAUGUGUGGCUCUAUUGCUCCUAUUCAUAAGUUUGUUGAGUUGGCAAAGAAAUACAAUGCUAUCACUUUCUUGGAUGAAGUACAUGCAGUUGGUAUUUAUGGUCCUCGUGGUGCUGGUGUUGCUGAACAUCUUGAUUUUGAUCUGAAUGCUAAUAAACCUUAUCGUGGUAAUGGUAGUAUUAUGGAUGAAAUUGAUAUCUACACUGGUACGUUGGGUAAGACAUUCGGUGUUGUAGGUGGUUACGUUGCGGGAUCCGCUCAAUUUAUUGACAUGAUUCGUUCUUAUGCUCCUGGCUUUAUCUUCACUACAUCUUUACCUCCUGUUAUUGUUUCUGGUGCAAAGACAUGUAUUAAUUACUUGAAACAUUCAAAUGCUGAACGUCGUAUGCAACAAUUAAAUGCACGCACUGUGAAGUCUCGUUUAAACGAAUUAGGUAUUCCUGUUGUCCCUAAUCCUUCUCAUAUCGUACCUGUCUUAUUGGGUGAUGCUGUCUCUGCAAAGAUUGCCUCUGAUGAGCUCUUGAAUAAAUAUGAUAUUUAUGUUCAAGCUAUCAAUUUCCCUACCGUUCCUGUAGGUCAUGAGCGUCUUCGUAUCACUCCUUCUCCUGGUCAUACACCUGCUAUGAUUGAUCACCUUGUUGAUUCUCUUGAAGAUAUUUGGAAUCGUCAUGGUUUCAAGCGUAUCACCGACUAUGCAGCUGAAGGAGGUCGUUGUGAUGUUGGCAAGAAGGAUUUACCCGAAAUCAAGCCAUUAUGGACUGAUGAGCAAUUAAAUUAUAAUUUAUCUAUUGAAGAAAAUCAACAAGAGGUUUCUUCUGCUAUCUAAUAUUAAUAAUUUGAAGCCUUACUAAUAAGAGAAUAAAAAAUACAACUUAUUUGAUUUUAUAUUAUAAUAGAGCAUA